CAUUCUUGGCUUGUAAAUUGUUCUUAUUUAUCAACAUUGUUUACUUCGGGAAUAGAAGUAAAAAGUUUGUGAAGUUUGAAAUAAAAUAGCUAAUUAUUAUAUAUAUUAGCUUAAGUGAUAUUAUAUAUUGCUCUUUCUAGCUUUUCUAGCACAGCUGUUUGCAUUAUUUCGUCAGAAUGACAAUGGGCGAUGAAUUACCCGUCACUUCCUUGGUUUUGCCUGUACUCAUACGCCCCGUAUUAUCACAGCUCGAAAAGUACCAUGUUGGAGGUUCACAAACAUUACGUGCAGCUCUCACUAAAGCCGAAGCUGCCGUUCCUGGGCUUAACUAUGAUUUGGUGGCUGGAAUCAUGAGACGGGCAGAGAUCCCUGUAAAUAUGAAUGAAAGCUUGCUACGUUUACAAGGGACUCUUACUGAGGCAGAAUGUGCCGAUUUGAGACUGAACCGAUCGGAGGAGGCAUUCCAAGAAUUGAACAAAAAAUCUUCAGCCCUGAAGAAAAUUCUAAGUAGAAUUCCCGAUGAGAUCACUGAUCGCAAAACUUUCCUGGAGACUAUCAAAGAAAUAGCUUCAGCUAUAAAGAAGCUCCUGGAUGCCGUUAAUGAGGUUUCUACCUACACCCCGGGCCCUGGGAAACAGGCUUUGGAGCAAAGAAAAAGAGAAUUUGUCAAAUACUCAAAGAGGUUCUCUAAUACGCUGAAGGAGUAUUUCAAAGAGGGACAGGCAAAUGCUGUUUUCGUAAGUGCCUUGUAUUUGAUUCAUCAAACAAAUCAAAUUCUCUACACAGUGAAGAGCAAGUCAGAAUGAGAAAAAAACAUUUUUUUUGAAGAAGGUUAUUUCAGUUAAGGGCUUUUUGUUCACUACAUUAAACAGAAAAAUAAACUAAAUUUCAAAGAAGUAUCACUAAAAUAUAUUGUAUUAUUGUAGAUUUAUAAUUUUAAUAGUGUUAAAUUUGUAUAAUAUGAAAGUUUCUUUAAACCUAGUAUCAAACUUACUGUGUCGAUGUAUGCGUCCAUUCAUUUCAGGUGAUUAAAAAAAAUUAAUUUAGCGCGUCGGCAACAGCAAAUGUUGCUUAAAAG